UCCAAUUUACCUUUUAAAUACAAGGGUAUAACCUCAAUCACAAACCCUCUUGCUCUCUCGCUCGCCGUCUUCUGCUGUGGCUCUCCUUGUGAUCUAAACAAUCCGAUCAAUUUUGAUAAUAAUAUGUUCGGAAGAGGAGCUCCGAAGAAAAGCGAUAACACAAAGUAUUAUGAGAUUCUUGGCGUCUCUAAAUCUGCUUCACAGGAUGAUCUAAAAAAGGCGUAUCGAAAAGCGGCUAUCAAGAACCAUCCCGAUAAGGGCGGUGAUCCUGAAAAGUUUAAGGAGUUGGCACAAGCUUAUGAAGUUUUGAGUGACCCGGAAAAACGGGAGAUUUAUGAUCAGUAUGGGGAGGAUGCUCUUAAGGAAGGAAUGGGCGGUGGCGGCGGUGGUCAUGACCCUUUUGAUAUUUUCCAGUCUUUCUUUGGUGGCAGCCCGUUUGGUGGCGGUGGCAGCAGCAGAGGCCGGAGGCAGAGGAGAGGUGAGGAUGUGAUACAUCCUCUCAAGGUUUCUUUGGAGGAUCUAUACAAUGGCACCUCCAAAAAGCUCUCUCUUUCGCGGAAUGUUAUCUGCUCGAAGUGUAAAGGUAAAGGUUCCAAGUCAGGUGCAUCAAUGAAGUGUUCUGGCUGCCAAGGCUCGGGAAUGAAGGUUUCGAUAAGACACCUUGGACCGUCCAUGAUCCAGCAAAUGCAGCAUCCGUGCAAUGAAUGCAAGGGUACUGGCGAGACCAUUAAUGACAAGGACCGCUGCCCUCAAUGCAAGGGUGAAAAAGUUGUGCAAGAGAAGAAGGUGCUUGAAGUUAUUGUUGAGAAGGGUAUGCAAAAUGGCCAGAAAAUUACGUUUCCUGGAGAAGCCGACGAAGCUCCUGACACUGUCACCGGGGACAUUGUUUUUGUCCUGCAACAAAAGGAGCAUCCUAAGUUUAAGCGUAAAAGUGAUGACCUAGUUGUUGAGCACACACUCUCUCUUACAGAGGCACUUUGUGGCUUCCAGUUUAUCUUGACCCACUUAGAUGGAAGACAGCUCCUUAUAAAAUCCCAGCCUGGGGAAGUCGUCAAACCAAAUCAAUUCAAGGCCAUAAACGAUGAAGGGAUGCCAAUGUAUCAAAGGCCAUUUAUGAGGGGUAAAUUGUACAUUCAUUUCACAGUUGAAUUCCCAGACUCGCUUCCCGCAGAUCAGUGCAAAGCCCUGGAAUCGGUUCUUCCGUCGAGGACUUCAGUCCAGCUGUCUGACAUGGAGGUUGAUGAAUGUGAGGAGACCACUUUACAUGAUGUCAACUUUGAGGAGGAGAUGAGGCGGAAACAACAACAGGCUCAGGAGGCAUAUGAUGAAGAUGACGAUAUGCCCGGUGGCGCCCAAAGAGUGCAAUGCGCCCAACAAUAAGGGAUUCAAGUUUGACAGAGUGAGAAUAAUGUGAUUCUCAAACUUUAUUUUCCUUAGAAUUUGGGAUGUGUGAUGGAUUAAAAUAUGAUGAUAUUGUCAAAUCUGCUCUGCUUCUCUCUCUUAGUGUAAUGUUUAUGUAAUUUGAAUUUAUGACAUGCUUGCUUGCUUACUUGGCUAUAAUAGAUCUGCUAUUUUUUAACA